GUGUCGCAUCUCAUGAGCGGGGCAUGUUGAUGAAUGCGAGCAAGAACCUUGGAUAUGGGUGAUUAUUUGUAUGUUUGUUGAGGUUGAUGAUGGAUUGAGUAUAAGAUAUAAGUCCGCCAGGAACGAGUUCCGAUCCGCACUCAACAACAUCCGUUGAUCAUCACCGUACACUUCUAUCACGCACCACCCGGAGCUCACUCGAGAGGAUCCUCAAGCAUAUCCACCAGUCAUCAUCAACCUCACGACGAUGUCCGACCGAACAAAUCCCAACAACUCACGACAAGCAACGCCUCUACCUCCCGCCCGCCUCAUAACAACAGGCCACACCGCAGACGGCACCUCAAUCUUCACAUCCGACGCCAUACUCCCGCCCUUCCACCCCUUCGGCCCCCAAGCAAGCAGCUUCACCUCCUUCCACACGACUCCAACUCUCCCAGCCUCCAACUUACCCAACAUCCCUCUGCAAACUUUAUCAACCUCCCUACCGCGUGCGCCCACGGCAGGGACAUACUUCUGCCUCACGGAUUUCCCGCCGCGGUAUAAGGCGCCUAUGCACCGGACCCUCAGCAUCGACUACGCGUGUGUGCUGGCUGGAGAGAUUGUGAUACGUCUUGAUGGCGGGGAAGAGAAGGUUGUUAGGGCGGGAGAGGUUAUGGUUCAGGGAGGGGUGAAUCAUGAGUGGGUCAAUGCGUCGGACGGGUUUACGAGGGUUCUGUUUGUUAUGGUUGGGGCUGAGGCUGUGGUUCUUGAUGAUGGGCGAAGGUUGGAAGAGACCGUUUUCAAAAAAUGAGGGUCGGGUCUGUGGACUGUAGUGGUGUUGUUUCAACCGUGGCUGGCUUUCGUCUGUUUCGAUAAGUUUCUUCUCUGAAUCCGUCCCUCCCUGUUAGUUUUUGACCCCUUCUUAGAUCACAGUGUACUGGUGGCAUGUCCAAAGGUGUACGGGACGCUGAGGUGUUACUCCAGACAACAUCAGUUGAUUAUGAGAAUUAUGAGAAGCAACCAGACUUUACACAGCAAAUCCCUUUCUCUAUUACUUUUCACGCAAACUGCGUAUAGUUCUGAGAUUGCCCCGUGAUUCCCACUCAACGAUUCAAGUAG